CUUGCCACUUGUAGUUGAUAUUUCUAGUUUGUCUCUGGUAGAUAUUAUAUUUUGACCUAACUUACUUUUUGAUACAAACAUACACCGCGCUUAACGAAGAAAAUCGAAAUUCGUUAUUGUUUAUUAAUUGUCACCGAAGUGUUUUUGUAAAAUAGUGUUAUUUUGUAAUAUUGGUAUACCUACAUGCUUUCUGUAUCUGUGAAAAGGUUGUGCUGUUGUCAAUACUCCAGUAAAUCACUAAUCAGUUUACGUAAAACUGCCAUAAGUUUUCUAUAGUUAACUAAUUGUUUAUAAAUACAGAGUAUUAUUUGCUUGUAAUAUAGUUAAAAAACAUGGAUCAAAUGCUACCCAGUCCAUACAAUAUACCUGGAAUAGGUACACCAUUACAUCAACCAGAGGAGGACCAACAGAUAUUGCCAAAUGCUAUGCAACAGCAACAACAACAGCAGCAGCAGCAGCAACAGCAGCAACAACAAUCGCAACAACAGCAGCAGCAGUCACAACAGUCCCAGCAGCAGUCCCAACAACAGUCUCAACAACAUUCAAUGGCGCCGCUGGGUUCCUCGCCACUAGUGGGAUUCGGUACAUUAAUCCUCGGAACUCCGCAAAGGAAUAUGUAUACUUAUGCACCAACAUCAAGCUAUACUACACCUCAACAGAUGAUGCAGCCACAAACACCACAAAACAUGAUGUCACCAUUGAUAACUAGUGGAAGUCUUGCCAGCCAGCAACUGUUGAGCCAAGCCAGUCCAGCUCCAAUGACCCCUAUGACUCCUCAUUCUGCAGAUCCUGGGAUACUUCCUCAAUUACAGAAUAUUGUUUCUACAGUAAAUUUAAACUGCAAAUUAGACCUGAAAAAAAUUGCACUACACGCCCGAAAUGCGGAAUAUAACCCCAAACGUUUUGCUGCUGUUAUUAUGAGGAUAAGAGAACCCAGAACUACAGCUUUGAUAUUUUCAUCUGGAAAAAUGGUGUGUACCGGAGCCAAAAGUGAGGAGGACUCCCGCCUAGCUGCAAGAAAAUAUGCUAGGAUUAUUCAGAAACUAGGCUUUACGGCAAAGUUUUUGGACUUCAAAAUUCAAAAUAUGGUUGGGAGUUGCGAUGUGAAAUUCCCUAUUCGUCUCGAAGGCUUAGUGCUUACACAUGGACAAUUUAGUUCUUAUGAACCUGAACUUUUUCCGGGACUUAUCUAUCGAAUGGUCAAACCAAGAAUAGUGCUGUUAAUUUUUGUGUCUGGAAAAGUUGUGCUGACUGGUGCCAAAGUGCGGGAAGAGAUAUAUGAAGCAUUUGACAAUAUUUAUCCUAUUUUAAAAAGCUUUAAAAAACAGUAACAAUAUUAAUUUAAUAAUUAGUUUUACGUUUGUAUAUUAAGAAUCUGAUAGAAAGUGUCAAAGAAUAUAACUAAAUAUGCAUUAACUUCAAAAUGAUCACUAUUCUCUUAAUUAUAAAUAUUAUACUGUCAAAAUAUUACAUUCAGUGUUUCUAAUGUGCUAACAAAAUACAAAUUCACCUUGAAGGUCACCAGCAUCCACCACACAUUCACACCACAUUCAUAAUUAUUAUAGUGAUCACUUUGAAAGUUUCUAUCAUUUAGUAGUCUUGACUGGUGUUUUCUGUGCAGGUAUGUUGACUUUAAAUUUUAAUGUUUAUUUUUGUAAUUUAGAAAAAACUGACUUAUA